CCAUGCGCUGCUCUUCUUCCUGCGUGGCCGUUUGACUCCUGUUGAGGUCGUCUGGGUUCAUCUCCAUGCCAAUCCAGCUCAUAUACACUGAUAUCUACCGAUCAGGGUCCACCGACAAUGCAGUCGUCCAGAGCUCCCCCCAGACCCAAGGCGUUGAAUUGGACCCCCCAAUCGCAUCUGGCUGUCUUUGUUCGCAACAUCCAGCUCCUGCAGCUUGACCAACGCGAUGAUUGGCCCGGGAUCACCGUUCGCUCCUUAUCGCCCACAUCGCAAACCCAACAACGCCAGCGCAUCAAGGCCGUGGAAUGGGCUCUCUACCAGCUGGUGACGAUCUGGGACUUGGAAACCGCCCGAGAUAAACUCCGUCCCUUCUUCCCGCCGCUGGAACCUCUCCAGUCGGUCAACCUGCGCGCUGCGCUGUUCCGCGUGCUGUCCGAGCUGAAGAAGAAUGGCGAACUAGGCCGGGAGACGAUCUUGCGGAAAUCGAUGCUGGAUGACUGCAAAGGGGAGAAAUUUGACGAGAUCCUGGCGGUGUUCUCGACGACUGUCCUGCGCAAGGCCGUGGCCGAGUCAUCGGAUAAUGGCCUGCGGAACCCUGCCAUGAAGAUGUCGACGGCCUCCGGGCUGUCUCGUCAGGAGUACCAGCAGAUGUUGCCUCUCAUCAUUGCGCAUCGUGCGUCUCUGAGAUCGAUGGGGGACCGUCGCAGCCGUGUCCAGAGCACUCAUGAGAAAUUCUCCGAGCUGCUGGACCGGAAGAAGGGUCAGCUAGACUCUCGAGCCGAAGAAGGACCGCCGAUGCUCGCAGACAAGCAGAUCGACUUUUACGGGACAGCGCGAGAGCUCAAGACCAACUGGCUCGGUAGUGAAGAAUGGGCUGACACACUGCUCCAUGGCGGCGCUCGCAGCAGCAAUGAUGCGUUUUUGGAGCUUCCGUUCGGCACCGCAUGGGCCAGAGCUAACGAGUCCACCGUGGAGGAUCUCAGCACGAGCGCCACCCCGGAUCUGCUGCUUGACUUGGAGUCUCGUAUCUCGCUGCAACGGGCGCGUCUUAACCGAUGGCGUCAAUACGGGAGUUCCAUCCAGAAACACGAGCGCAUUAAUUCUACCAAUACGUCGAAGGGGACCUCGCUAGCGUUUCGGGACCACCAGCCACUUACUGUCGCCAGUAUCUCCAAAGCUGUCCGGCAGCCCGUGGAGCGUGUCUCUCUCAAAGCGGAGGAUCGGUCCCUUCUCUUCUCCAUGACCGAAGCCCUGGCCCGGAUCAACGGGACAUCUGGACGCACAGGUCAGUUGCGUGGACCCAGCGCCGGAACAAGCGCUCAUUCUUCUGCCGAAGGUGACCUAGCGGAAAAGACAUCGUCUUCACUGCCGUCGCGAGACCCGACACCUCCAGAGAAGCCUGCCUCGUCCACGGCAACUCACCCUCGCCUUGAGGAAGACCCAAUUCCUCCUGCAUCACCCACUGUCCAAGUCUCGCCCUCACCAUCGCCUUCGCCGUCGCCCCCUAUCGACACAGACCCAGACCCAGAAUCCCAACCGCCCAUCCACAAAGUCACCCUCGUCGAACGCACCCGCAAAUCCAUGUCCCUCCUCCCUCCACCAUCCGCCAAACCCCCUCGACCUCGCGAGAGCCUGCGCUCUCGACACUCGCGCAUGUCCUUCCCCGUCAACCAGUUCGAAACGCCGCAGAAGCAAGCCGCCCGCUUCCCGGACAUCAGCCGCGCCUCUACUCCCCAGGACGACCUCUUCAAGGAAGAAGCGGACUACGCGAGCGUGUUCAAGUCAAGGCCGCGGGUGGCGCAUAGCCCUAUUAAUUCUCCCGUGGUGCAUUUUGCCCCGAUUGACGAUUUCGAUCUAGUGGAUGAUGGGGAGGAAGAUGAUUAUGAGGAAGAUUUGGAGGAGAUGGGAAUUGAGUCACCUUCGUUUAGGCGGCGGUAGGAACGCCCGUAUAAGGACUGCAUUGACCACGCAAAUCAAGAAGUCGAUGAUUUUCAACCUGUAUAGUAAUCAGCCACCCGCUUCUCCUUGAACCUGAAGGCAAAAGAGACGUCGCCGUUGGAUUACUUCUUGCCUUGCUCUUCUUGUACCGGGGAGCAAGUGUGAUUCGGAUAUUUUGGAAUAAUAGCUUUUCUUU